GAUGUACCGUACAUAUAUAAUGUCCUCCCCUUUGGCCACUGUCCCUCAGCACCCGCCUGACGUUCUGUCAGCUUCUCCUGCCUCAGAUGCUGUUUGAGAUCGAUGCUUGGUUAGGACUUCUCCUGUCAAGGUAAAAUAAGCCUUGUUGAACAUCUAUACGGUUAAAAACCUAACACACCCAACGGCAAUAUAAUAAAGUCCUUUUGGUCUUGGAAAAUGGUUACGCUCUGUGCAGAAGGCAGUGCAGUGGGUGCAAAAUGCAGCUUGGGUAGGAAUUAAACUUAGGCGAGCUAUGUUUAAUGAAGGGUGGGAAGAACCUCCCUUGUCAGCCAUCAAGCCCUGUGACAAAUGCUUAGAGCUGGUACUACGCAGCAUGACACAGGUAGGUACGUGGUGUGCGCGGCUGUAUGUAGGAGGGGUGCCUUCGUAAAAGUUUUUGUGGCCCGUUGAAGCGCUGCGCGGGUAAGGCUCGGUCACCGUCCCUGCAGGAGGGCUCCUGCCCCGGCCUCACCUCCCGGGGGGGGCGCUCGGCCGAGCCCAGCCCUAGGCCGGGCCGUGAGCCGAGCCGGGCCGCGGGCCGAGCCGGGGCUGGCGCUCCGCCCCCGGGGCGGCGCAGUGAUGAGGCGGCGCCGCUUCCCCCGUCCCCGCCGGCAGCUUACGGUGCGCGGCUGGGCGGUGGCGGCGGGCCGCGGCAGGGAAGAAGCAUGGUCAAGAUGAACUGCUUCCUGUUAACCGCCUCCCUUGUUCUGGUUGCUUUUUGUAGUUGUGGUUAUACCUUAAGGUGUUACCACUGUGAGAACAGCCCUUCCUUGUGCAAGACCAACAGUACUUGCUUGGCAAAUGAAGACACGUGCUUGCAGAUGAAAUUUGGUAAAUUGAGAACCUCCUCCUGCUGGAAGGCAUCCCACUGCACUAUGAAUGAAAUUGCUGAAUUCUUCCAGUUGGAUAAUUUUGAAUUCUUUUGCUGCCAACGCGACUUGUGCAAUGAGAGCGCAAUUACUCGGGUUAACAAAGCGGCCUUCAGUAUUGCCUCUGUAAUGACCAUGUUAUGGAUGCUUCUGUAAUAAUCCUGAUUUGUAUGCCGUGCUUUCAAGCUGAAACUUCACAAACUCAUUAACUCUUUUCUGAAUUGUACUUCUUGCGUUUUCAGUUCCUAACUGUGGGCUGAAACCUUACCUCUUAAUUUUAAAUUCUGCUUCCUAAGGUUCCAUCUGUUAAGUCGCUGUCUCUGUUUGUGGGAAGGAGAUCUAUACUGUUACCAGUUAGAGGGAAUUCGGGUAUUUUGGCCUGCCAUAUUCAUGGGGAAAACAACUUGUUAUGACGUAGCGUUAUCUUCUGGAGAACCUGGGCAAACUUCAGUGGGUGAUGUGAAAAGAAAGGAAUGCUAUAGGUUUUAUGCUGGAAAACUAUCAUUUCUUACCGCCCUAAAAGUUAGUUGGGAUUUCUGGGGUUUGGUUAGGUUUUUUUUGGGUGCUACCUUGUCGUACACCAAGCAGUGCAUUUGCCUUCAGCACAAGAGUUGUUGGAUCCUAACUAUAAACUCGCUGCAGUCUUUGUGAGUAUGGAAAUAAUUUCAAGUGAUAUAGGCUCUGUUCCUGUCACUGUAACAUUUUUUUUUUUCUUUAUACAAAUGGAUAAUACAACCCUGUAAGUACCAUUAUUUUAGGAGGAAACAUUUGCAUUUCUUAAACCAAAACCAAAAUAAUGCUGUAAGUGAGAAACACUUUUCUCUCUUUUUAUAUGUCUGUGAGCAUGCGGACAACAUGCGCUAGCUUCCUUUUUUUCUUAUACUUUUUUCAUGUCUAGGAUUUUAACUGAGCAUGUGCUUCACACUGAGUAUUUACUGGUGUACUGGAAAUUGUUUAUAAAAUGCUAAGGAAUUGGAAUGGCACAUCUAGUUAAUUUUCCAACAUAGUUAGCUGUUGUUUUUGGUGGGUACAGUGACAUGUAAACUUAACCCUUCAAGCUUCCACGUAAGAGUAUUAAACAAAACCUCGCAGAACUUUAUAUUUGGCUUUUAUGCAACUCUAUAAAUGCCAGUACAAAAUAUACGUGUAUUCAUAUAGCAUGAACAAAAACCGCUCAGUUUGUACGUGUAAGAGGUCUGAGGCUGAAAUACUGUUGCUCUGCCUCAGUGGUGGAGACAGACCUUUGAUACUUCUCUGGUGCUUAGGGACCCUCUCAGUUCAAUACAAUGUCAAAUUCUCCUUUUUCUCUCCUGGAGCUCUUGGCAUGUCCCUGCAAGAGCCGUGGUCCAUUGCUAAUGGCAUAUUCUCUUUCCGGGGACCCUUGCUUGUGCUAUGCAGGGUGCCAGUGACACCGGUUCACCCAGUCAUAACCAGGGUGUUGCUCCAAAUCCACGCUGUAUUCUGCAAUGUAGCUUUUGGUUAAGCUAAGCUUAGCUCUGAAAGCAUCCUGGGAUCUCUCUGAUCACUUGAAAUACGGAAGUCAUUCUCUCUUUGAUUAAUAAAAAUGUCGAAAACGUG